GGGGCCGAGAGGGUGGAGCUUGUGACGCUUCGCCCGGGGCUCUGGCUCUUUCCUCACCCGCCUGGCCUCGGCUCCUGCGGGAAAAGUGUGGCUAAGUCUGAGGGGAGCCGCACCAAUGGCUUCCGUGCUGUCCUACGAAAGCUUGGUCCACGCUGUGGCCGGAGCCGUGGGCAGCGUGACAGCAAUGACAGUGUUUUUUCCUUUGGAUACAGCUCGACUUCGACUUCAAGUUGAUGAGAAAAGAAAGUCCAAAACUACACACAUGGUGCUCCUGGAGAUCAUUAAAGAAGAAGGCCUCCUGGCCCCAUAUCGAGGGUGGUUUCCAGUUAUCUCCAGUCUCUGCUGCUCCAAUUUUGUCUAUUUCUACACUUUUAAUAGCCUCAAAACAGUCUGGGUCAAAGGUCAACAUUCUACUACUGGAAAAGAUCUGGUGGUUGGAUUUGUUGCAGGAGUGGUGAAUGUGUUGCUGACAACUCCACUCUGGGUGGUAAACACCAGACUAAAGCUGCAAGGGGCAAAAUUUAGGAAUGAAGACAUUGUACCAACCAACUACAAAGGUAUUAUUGAUGCUUUUCAGCAGAUCAUUCGAGAUGAAGGAAUCUUGUCUUUAUGGAAUGGCACGUUUCCCUCCUUGCUGCUGGUUUUCAAUCCUGCCAUCCAGUUCAUGUUCUAUGAAGGUUUAAAACGGCAACUUUUAAAGAAACGAAUGAAGCUUUCUUCAUUGGAUGUGUUCAUCAUUGGUGCAGUAGCCAAAGCGAUUGCCACCACAGUUACCUAUCCCAUGCAGACAGUACAGUCGAUUCUGAGGUUUGGACGUCACAGACUCAACCCAGAAAACAGAACAUUGGGGAGUCUUCGCAAUGUUCUCUAUCUUCUUCACCAGCGAGUAAGGAGAUUUGGAAUAAUAGGACUCUACAAAGGACUUGAAGCCAAACUGCUACAGACAGUCCUCACUGCUGCUCUCAUGUUCCUUGUGUAUGAGAAACUGGUGGCUGCCACCUUCACAGUUAUGGGGCUGAAGAGUGGACCCAAGCACUGAGACACCUUACCCUGCAGAGCGCGGACAGGUGCUCAAGAUGGGAGUUUCUUUCUGUUUGAAGAGAAGUGAUUCUUUUUUUUACUUUUGCUCUUUCCACCGUGAAUUUUUACCCUCGUUGGCUUUAAAUGUAUUUAAGCGUAAACAUAGAGGACAGCCAACUUAAUUUUUAUGAUGAUUGGUUGAAUUUUGUGGGGGAGGUUGGACUGGUGGUUAUAUGAAGAGAAAGCAUUAUUGAAAACCUAAAAUUAAAAGUUUGUGGAUUGAUUAGUUUUCUUAAUGGACUAUUAAGAAAGAAUGGA